AUGGUCAAGUCAUAUUUGAAAUUCGAGCACAGCAAGACCUUUGGCCAGAUCUGUACUGCCACCGCCAAUGUGGUCUGGGACUCGGCUGCUGGCUAUGAAGGCUUGACGACCAGAGGCGGAGCAGGCCGUGCCUAUGUCGGUGCCAACGAGGAGGUUCUAGUGUGGGAUCUCAAAACGUCGGAAAAAAUUGGCUCGUGGAACGUCGAUGACAACAACGCACUCGUUACUGUGAUCUGCAGAAGCGACGUCGACCCAGACGUCUUUGCGGUCGGUUACGAAGAUGGCAAGAUUCGAAUAUGGGAUUCAAGAACGGCGACAGUGAUAAUAACAUUCAACGGACACAAGACCGCGGUUACACAGCUCAAGUUUGACCGUUCUGGAGUCCGUCUGGCAAGCGGCUCGAGAGACACAGACAUUAUCCUGUGGGAUCUGGUCGCGGAAGUCGGCUUAUACCGUUUACGAGGCCACAAAGACCAAAUCACCUCGCUCCAUUUCCUUACAGUGGAUGACGUUCAGCCAUUGCAAAGGGAGCGCCAGGAAGAUCAGAACGACUCGGACAAAUUCCUUCUCUCUACCAGCAAAGAUGCACUGGUCAAAGUGUGGGACCUUUCCACUCAGCAUUGCAUAGAAACACAUGUGACGCAGACUAAUGGCGAAUGCUGGGCAUUGGCUCUGACCAAAGAUGGCAGCGGCUGUAUUACUGCUGGCAACGACGGGGAGCUCAAAGUGUGGUCGAUCAACGAGUCUGUGAUAAAAGACAAGCUGGGAUCAGGCGGCCAAGAACAAAAUAACAUUCUACAGGAGCAGGGAACGUUGUAUCGACAGGGGCGAGAUCGACCGCUAGCUAUUCACUUUCACCCAAGACGAAAUUUAGUCGCGGUACACGGAUCCGACAAAUCAAUCGAGUUACUACGAAUCCGCUCAGAGAACGAAGUUCGGAGGGCUCUGACCAGGAAACGCAAGAGAAGGAAAGAUAAGGAGGAGUCCAAUGCUGACGCAAAUCCCGGCGUGGAUGCGGCCGACGAGGCGCACGACCCCAACGACAUAUCUACCGCCACCGUCGCCGACAUAUUCGUCCCAUACGUGAUUCUUCGAACAGGAGGCAAAGUUCGGUCGAUAGCCUGGGCGGGCGAAAAGGCUGGAAAGUCCAUCCACAUCUUGGUAGCUACCUCAAACAACCAACUGGAACUAUUCGAUAUCGCCGCAUCAGACAAGACGAAGACCGCCGAACCUCCAGAGUAUAGUCGGACCUUGUCGGUCGACAUGCCUGGGCAUCGUACAGAUAUUCGGUGUGUUGCACUGAGCUCGGACGACAGAAUGCUCGCAACAGCGUCUCAGGGCAGUUUGAAGAUAUGGAACACCAAAACUCAAAGCUGUCUGCGGACUCUUGAGUGCGGCUAUGCUCUCUGCAUCUCCUUUCUGCCUGGCGACAAGAUCGUCGUGGUAGGGACGCGGGAGGGUACACUCGAAGUGUUCGACAUUGCAGCAUCGACCCUGCUUGACACCAUCAAUGCUCACGACCGAGAUAUUUGGGCGCUGCAGGUCAGCCCGGAUGGAAAGACUCUGGUUACAGGAUCGGCCGACAAAUCCGCCAAAUUCUGGCAGUUCAAAGUUGUCCAGGAGGAAGUGCUGGGGACGAACCGGAAGAAUGCAAAGCUGACCCUCGUUCAUUCACGGACAUUGAAGGUUGCCGAUGACAUUUUGAGCGUCCGGUUCUCGCCUGAUGAGAGACUACUCGCCGUCAGUACCUUGGAUAGUACCGUGAAGGUCUUCUUCGUGGACACUCUCAAAUUGUUCCUGACACUUUACGGACACAAGCUACCGGUCCUCAGCAUGGACAUCAGUUACGACAGUAAGCUGAUCGUCACGUCGAGCGCCGACAAGAAUGUUCGGGUUUGGGGCCUGGACUUUGGGGACUGUCACAAGGCAUUCUUUGCGCAUCAGGACAGCAUCCUUUCCGUCUUGUUUGUGCCCAACAACAACGACGGCAACGGUCACCACUUCUUUUCGGCGUCCAAGGACAGAGUCAUCAAAUACUAUGACGCCGACAAGUUCGAGCAGAUCCAAAAGCUGGAAGGCCACCACGGAGAGAUUUGGGCUCUGGCAAUUGCGCAUUCGGGGGACUUCUUGAUCAGUGCUAGCCAUGACAAGAGUACCAGGAUAUGGCAGCAGACAGACGAGCAGAUUUUCCUCGAAGAAGAGCGAGAAAAGGAGCUUGAAGAGCUGUAUGAAAACACUCUCCUCACAUCGCUGGAACACGGCGAUGAGCAAGUCAAUGGAAAUGGUGAAGGCAUCGAGGCGACAGCUGCGGGCAAGCAGACUGCGCAGACGCUCAUGGCGGGUGAGAAGAUCGCGGAAGCACUCGAGCUGGGCCUGGAAGACCUCAUCGUAAUGCGGCAGUACGAGCAGGCGAAGCGUACCAACCCGAAGGUUGCAAUGCCACAGCGAGACGCGGUGUUCCUCGCCAACAACAAUGUCUCUGCAUCAGUCUACGUCUUGGGUGUCUUCCAAAAGGUCCCUUCCGCAUCACUCCAGGAUGCCCUCCUCGUCUUAUCGUUCUCCCAACUGCCAGCAUUGUUCACUUUUCUUGCUCUUUGGGCGGUAGAGGGACGAAACAUCCCUCUCACUUGCCGGAUCUUGUUUUUCAUGCUCAAAAUCCACCAGAAGCAGAUUGUCAGUAGCCGGACAAUGAGGGUGAGUUUGGAGGACCUCCGGGACAAGCUGCGGCACACUCUGGAGCAUCAGAAGCACGAUAUCGGGUUCAACCUGGCCGGGCUCAGGAUCCUCGGACGGCGGGCGGGGGAGUCAGGGGAAAGCGACUUUGUUGAUGAUUCGAAGUGGCAGGACAAUCGACAGCUGGACAGUACUCGGGGGAUGAAGAGAGGAUUUGUCAAUGUGGCGUAG